CAAUCUCUUAAAAGAGCUUCCUCUCAAGACUCCUUCACUCUUCACCGCCGCAGUUCCAGAGAAGCUCAACCAUGGCCGUCGGUAAGAACAAGAGGAUUUCCAAGGGGAAGAAGGGAGGAAAGAAGAAGGCAGCGGAUCCCUUCGCCAAGAAGGACUGGUAUGAUAUCAAGGCUCCGUCUGUCUUUGGUGUCCGCAACGUCGGCAAGACCCUCGUCACCCGUACCCAGGGUACCAAGAUUGCUUCUGAGGGGCUCAAGCAUCGUGUCUUUGAAGUGUCUCUUGCUGAUCUCCAGGGUGAUGAGGAACAUGCCUUCAGGAAGAUCCGUUUGAGAGCUGAGGAUGUUCAAGGCAAAAAUGUUUUGACAAACUUCUGGGGAAUGGACUUUACUACUGACAAGUUGAGGUCCCUUGUGAGGAAAUGGCAAUCAUUGAUUGAAGCCCAUGUUGAUGUUAAGACAACUGACAGUUUCACCUUGAGGAUGUUCUGCAUUGGCUUCACAAAGAAGCGUUUGAACCAACAAAAGAGGACAUGCUAUGCACAAUCAAGCCAGAUUCGCCAGAUUCGUCGCAAGAUGCGUGAAAUCAUGGUAAACCAGGCCCAGUCAUGUGAUUUGAAGGACUUGGUCCAGAAAUUCAUUCCUGAAUCAAUUGGCCGUGAGAUUGAGAAGGCUACCUCUAGCAUCUACCCACUUCAGAAUGUGUUUAUUAGAAAAGUCAAGAUCUUGAAGGCUCCUAAAUUUGACCUCGGCAAGUUGAUGGAGGUACACGGUGAUUAUUCUGAAGAUGUUGGUGUGAAGUUGGACAGGCCUGCUGAGGAACCAGCUGCUGAACCAACUGAAGUCGUAGGAGCUUGAACAAUAUUGAAUAUCUUUUACUUUUGUUCUAUGCUUAAUUCAGUUUCUGUUGUUAUAUGGACAAGUAGAUUAUGUUACCCUCUUCAUAUUUUCUUGUGUUGCAAAGUUAGGAAGCAAUUUUGCCUUUAACAGAGAGCACAUUGUGGAUUUGGCCCCUAUUAAAUUGAGUUUUGGAUGGUUUUAGCUCAAACUAUGUUGUCUUUAAAUAUAUCUCAACUGUUCCUGAGUAUAUUCUACCUGCUGCUGUUAUUGGGAUUUGGGGUUGAUUCCUUGCAUCAUUUAUAACUAGAAAAUCUUUUUGACUUUCGGGGUGCACUGAUGAUGGAUUUUUUUGUUGCUUUUUUUCCCCC